GUGGAUAAAAAAUAAACAAAUAAACGAUUAACCUUUACCAUCUUAUCCUGCCGCAACAUAUGACUGGUACACUUUGCUUGUCAUAUAUUUACAUUUGCAAUGAAUGUUAUUCCGCGAGUUUCUCAGCUUUCUCCUCGCGUAAUUCACAUUCUAGGUUGCAAUCCAGGCCCCUUUACUUUGCAAGGAACUAACACAUAUUUAAUUGGAACGGGGAAAAAGAGAAUACUGUUAGAUACCGGGGAUGGUGAGGCUCCAGAGUACAUUGAUUUACUUAAAUCAGUAUUGAAGGAACAUCAGGUCACUUUAGAUCACAUUUUACUUUCACACUGGCAUCCCGACCAUGUUGGUGGUGUGAAAAUAAUCCAACAGUCAAUUAACAAAGACUGUAAAGUGUCAAAGUUUCAUGUAGAAGAAAAGCCAACAAAUUUUGAAAAGUUGACUGAUGGACAAGAAGUUUCAGUUGAAGGAGCUAAUUUAAAAGUGUACCAUACUCCUGGUCAUAGCACAGACCAUGUGGUCCUUCAUCUACAGGAAGAAAAUGCCUUAUUUAGUGCAGACUGUAUUUUGGGCGAAGGAACCGCCGUCUUUGAGGAUUUGUACGAUUAUAUGAAAUCAUUGAACACCAUACUUAACCUGAAUCCGAGUAAAAUUUACCCAGGACAUGGCCCGUCAAUUGUGGAACCUACCAAACGAAUUGAGUACUACAUUCACCAUAGAAACGAAAGGGAGAAACAGAUCUUAAAAUUUCUUUCGUCCCAUCCUAAGAUUGGAAUGUCUCCAUUAGAUAUUGUCAAAGGUGUUUAUGAGAAUUUAGACUCCAGCCUUUAUUUCGCCGCAGAGCGAAAUGUUGAGCACCACCUUAAAAAAUUGGAAAAAGAAGGAAAAGUUAGAAGCAAUGCAAUGCUGUGGAGUUCAAUGUAAAUUGCUGAAUAGAAAAUACGGGCCUUUUUGUAUGCAGCAUUCUUCAUUACAUAUGAUUGUAAUGAGUUAAGAGGCAAUACAGUAAGACGAGUCUUCCAGGGUUAAA